UAUUGUGAAACAUAGUGAAUAAGUACUGCUCACUCACGCACUCAUACUCACUUCGAAGCAAAUAUUACUCAGUGAACCAGCUGUCAAACGGACGGAUUUGAAAUCAACCGAACUGGGGAGUAUUUUGUUUUAUUUCAAUUACUUAUAUUGUUUUUUCUUUGUAAAUACACUAAACAAACAUACUAUACUGCUCAUUACUGUGUGAAACGUCCAUAAACACACAUCGGCUUAGUUACUGUCUCCUUCUGUUUGACAAUAUUGUGGAAACAGAAUCGACGACGUUAACGUUCGCCCCAGACAUUGAAAUACUUCACUAACUACUACACAGAGCUACUUAAUUAUCUUUAUUAUAAUAACUGAACAUCAAGUUACAUAAUGAUGACCCGCAGAACCACAGCUGUCAAAGACCUAGAGGACAAGCUGAGGGCCACCCUAAAGGAACUGGAGGCUUCAAAGAAGUCUUGUAACCGGUUACUACAGGAGAGGGAAGACAGCGAGGUGGAAGUCAAAAAUGUUGUAGACAAAAACAAAGCACUAAAAAUUGAACUGGCUGAGCUACAUAUUCAACACAUGGACCUCCUCGACCAACACAACCAACUAAAGGAAUUGGUGUCAUCAUUUCAUGAGUGCAGUGAAACUCAUGAACUUACAUUGAGGCGUAUAACUGAUCUUGAGGUUGAAUUAAACAAGUCCUACAAGACCAUAUCUUUGUAUGAGUCCGCUAAAGCCAGGGAUCAAACAUCUGACACACUAAACCUCUUUGCUAAGUUGGUGGAAAGCACCACAGCCAUGUGUAACUCAGCAGAAAUUAUUGACCUGACUGGUGAUGAUACCAAAAUGCAAUGUCCAUUAGUGCUAAGUAAUAAUACAUUCAAAAAAUAUAUGAAAUAUAAAAAAAUAAUUAGGAAGUAUUAUCUUACAUUAAAGAAACAGAAUAGGGUUAGAAAAAGCUUUAAUCUUAGGAGAGACCGUAUGCAUCUAGUUAAGGAGUUAAAUACUUGUUCUCUCGAACUUGAACAGUGCAGAGCCACCUAUGACCUGGAUACACAACAGUUGCAUGACCAAAUAACUGUGAAAGAAAAUUUGUUAUCCUAUAUUUUCAGUAAAUAUGAGGAAUCUCAAAAAGAACUGAGUGACCUAGUGGACCUCGUGAAGUGCAGUGCAGAGAGGUAUGAGGCAACUGUGCACACCCUGAUCCGCUUCCUGAACCCCAGCUUGCUGCAAAUUUAUCAGUGUCCCGUCAUAUUGUCCAGGGCCGUUAUAAUGUCAAUAAACACAAACCACCAGCUUCAAACUUUUCCUCAUUUUUAAUAAAUAUGGAAGAUAUUCUAAUUAAAGUUCUUAAAUCCAAUAAGUUAGUUUAUGUUUCUGGUGAUUUCAACAUUGAUAUACUCACUAAAUCACCUGAGAAAAUAAAGCUCUUAGCCUUAUUUAAUUCAUAUAACUUAAAAUAUUUAUUUAGUGAACCCACGAGAAUAACUGCUUUCUCUAGUACAUGUAUAGAUAAUAUUUUCACUAACUGUAGCAUUGAACAGUCUUCCAUAAUACCUGGUGUAAGGUCAGACCACAAGGGACAGCUUGUUAGUUUUAAAUUAAAUAAAAUAAAUCCGCCAAA